AUGAUGGAUGCCUCCAACAACUUUUCGUCCAGAUACAAGCAGCAUGUCCUCAUAGAGACUGCCCAGGACUAUGAGCUGCAGGAGCCCGAAGGGAUCAGCGUGGACCUUCUGGAAGCUGCGAGCGAGCCUCGCUCUGCAACGUCGCUUUCAGGCAGGCUGAUGCAGCUCCGUCCGUCGGCAAUGAAGCUGGGUCGCACGCGCAACCGCGAGGGCGAAGAAACCACCGGCGUGCCCAGCGCAGGUCCGGCGCAGGACCUUGGCGAAGGCCCGGCUUCGCAGCGAAGGCCAGAAACCCAGGCCCCCGGUGCUGGCGUGGCCGAGGCAAAGCUGGAGUCUGGCCGCAAGGAGGGGGAGCUGUAG